UUUGUUAUAAAAUAUUUAUUUUAUAAUUAAUAUUACUAUAGUUUAAAAGUUGACAUUUUGUAUUUUACAGUUUUAAACGUGAAUAAUUUUAGAGAUUACGUAAAUUUACUUCCGUUUCGUUCCUUUUUCCGGUUACAGCUAUUCUGAUCAUCAAGGAUCAGCAUGAAGCUGAACAUAUCGUACCCAGCCACUGGCUGUCAAAAACUUGUAGAAAUCGAUGAUGAAAAGAGAUUAAGGCCUCUGUACGAAAAGAGGAUGGCAACUGAAGUGCCUGCAGACAUCCUCGGAGACGAAUGGAAGGGCUACGUACUGCGUAUCACCGGUGGAAAUGACAAGCAAGGUUUCCCAAUGAAGCAGGGUGUGCUCACCAAUGGACGUGUCAAGCUGCUGAUGAGCAAAGGCCACUCUUGCUAUCGCCCACGUAGGAAGGGAGAGAGGAAGAGGAAGUCUGUUCGUGGAUGCAUUGUGGAUGCUAACCUCAGUGUUCUUGCCCUGAGUAUCACGAAGAAGGGUGAAGGAGAGAUCCCAGGCCUGACAGACAAGACCAUUCCCAGACGUCUUGGACCAAAGAGGGCCAGCAAAAUCAGGAAACUAUUCAACCUGAGCAAAGAAGAUGAUGUGAGGCAGUAUGUUGUGCGUAGGCCAUUGCCUGCAAAAGACAACAAGAAGGCCAGAAGCAAGGCCCCAAAAAUUCAGCGACUUGUCACCCCAGUGGUUCUCCAGCGAAAACGCCAUCGUGCGGCACUCAAGAAGCGCCGUGCUGCCAAGCAAAGGGAGGAUGCAACAGAGUUCGCCAAGCUGCUCGCCCAGCGACUCAAGGAGGCUAAGCAGAGGAAGCGUAGCCGUAGCAACAGUCGCUCAGCAUCCACCUCCAAGUCGGAGUCGAAAUCAGAGUCCAAGCCAUAACUUAUGUGCAUGGGAUUACUAAAUAAAGAGAAAAACUGUGA